AUGUCUCAUGACAAGAACGAUUCAUCAUGUUCUUAUGAAUCAGAUUCAAAUACGUCUUCAUCAUCUUCAGGGGAAGAAGAAAUCAUAAGUAAACCAAUAUUCAUACCAAAAAAUCAAAGAGAUCAAUCAGAAAAAAAUAAUUCAAUUGAAGAUAACUCAUCAAAUUCAAGGAAUAAUCAAAAAAAGGAACUAUUAAUAUCACAUUUAGAACAAAAAUCAAAACAACAAAAAGAUACAACAUCAACCACAAAAGAAGAAGAUUUAAUUGGUAUUAAUUCAGUUAAUGAUAUUGAUGAUAUAAAUCCUGAAUUAGAAUAUAAAAAUUGGAAAUUACGUGAAUUAAAAAGAUUUAAAAGAGAUCAAUUAAGAAUUAAACAACAAGAAUUGGAAAAAGAAGAACAAUUUAAAAGAUUAAAUCAAAAAUAG